UUUUAGUCCGGCAUUCAGUAAGGUAACAGAUCGGCCAACAAAAUUUUUUCUAAAACCAUUUGAAAAUUUUCAAAUUUUUUAACGAUGGAGAACGGUCCGGAGUUUAAUUGGGAGUACAGUCAUGGUGGUCCUGGAAAUCCCAACUACUCACAGAUGGGUAGGGGUAGUACUCCUCCUGGAGGCGGUGGUCGUCAGUGGCUGCACUCAAGUCAAGCUAACACCCACAACUAUAUGCAUGGAUCCAGUGGAAUGGGAUCCCACCAGAAUAACCCAUCUCCAGGUGAUCCAUUUGCCUCCUACAACCAGAAUAUGAUGAACAUGUACACGAAUUUUAAGCCCAGUUACGGUCAUUCUCAAGUUGGCCCGGCUUCGGUCCAGGGCAUGGGUCCAGAGCCUGGUCAAGAAAUGGGUAACAGAAUGGGUAACAGAAUGGGCCAUGCCAUGCCCGAGUCAAUGGGAUUCGAUGGAGGCAUGGGUUCCGGAAUGGAUUCAGGCAUGGGUCACGGCAUGGGCAUGAGCAAUGGCCUUGGCGCUGGAAUGCGAGUUGGUUCCAUGCGUGGAGGUCAAAGGUUAGCUGGAGGCUACUCCUCGAACGGUCUCAACGAUCCGAAUCCUUCGCAAUCCCACCGAGGUAGUUGGUUCUAGAAGAGCCCCCUAGUUUUAUUUCCUAACUAACUUUACGGAUCUCAUUUGGCACUUGAAAAUAAAGUAUAGGCUCUCCAUAAAAUGUAUAAACACAAAGAAAAUAACUCGAAAUUUCCCGUUUAAGAAUAAUAAUUUGAUCACAUAAUAAAUAUUUGGCACAUUUAUCAAUCUGCGA